AUGGCAACCAAACCAUCCGACCUGGGCCUGGACGGUGCCGAUCUUCAGGCGAUCGUUCGCCGCCACUUUGGAAAGUCCGUUGCUCACUUCACGAUCCAGAAUGCCUCGGUUGAACCGUUCGGCGGAAGCCCCGAGGGAUUCCUGGCGGAGUACUACGCGCUCAAGAUCCGGCUGAAUCUGAACGGAUCCCGCAUUGAAGAACUGUCGCUGUUUGUGAAGGUCUUCCCCACGUCGGCGACGGCGUUGACCAACUUUGUGAUCGAGACCAGGUGCUUCCGGAAGGAGACGAAUUUGUAUGAGAGGGUUAUACCGAAGAUUCAGGAAUGCGUUCCGGGGGAGCACUUUAUUCCGCGGCAUUUGCUGACGAAAGAGGAUCGGUUGGUCGUGCUGGAGAACGUGAGGCUGCAGGGGUAUGAUAUCUUGAGGGAGGUUGGGGGAUCGUUGGAUUACGAUCACUUGAGGGUUGCGUUUGAGGCGUUGGCGCAUAUGCACGCGGGGUCGGUACUGUUGGAGGAGAGGGAGUCCAAGGGAUUGCCGGAGUUGUUUCCGGGUGCGUUGAAGGAGAACAGCUGGACGGGGGAGGCGGGAACGAUCAGGACCAACGAUGUCGAGAAUGCGAUCGUGUUUUGGUGUGAGGUUAUGCGAGUGGUUGAGAAGGAUUUGGUGAAGUUGGCGAAGAUCUGCGCUGGAUUGCCUGGAGUUAUGCGGAAGCUGUAUGAAUACGUGAAGCCUUCGGUAGUUUGGAGGAACGCCUUCAGUCAGGGUGAUCUUUGGAACAACAACGUGAUGUUCAAGCAUGGUUUGGGAGGGGAACCUGUGGGAUGUAUUUUGGUGGACUUCCAGCUAGCUCGGUACACACCGCCAGCAUACGAUAUCAAUCUGCUGCUGUCGUUAACGUCUACGAACGCGUUCAGAUCAAAACAUAUGAACGCCUUACUGGAUCACUAUUACGAAGUCUUUGUAGGAAAUCUUUCCCAAAAUGGUAUUGACCCUUCAAAGAUCUACACGAAGCAAUCUUUUCUAGAAAGUUGCCGUUACUACCGACUUGGAGGUCAAAUACAUGGUUGUGCCAUUGCUCCGGAAGUUCUGCUAGCACAGUUUUAUCUAGACGAGAUAUUCCUUCUGUCCGAGGAUGGUUUCAUGACUCCGUCCAAGGUGAAGAUCUGUUUGAAGGCAUUCCAAUUGGACGCGGUAUACCGCGAACGUAUGCUGGACUGCGCCCAGGAGUUGAUAUCAAGCAUUUCUUGAAAUUGUUUCGAAUCUUGUUUGUUAAAUAAAAACAACUCUAUUUUUAA